UCCUUUUUUCUUUUCUUCGAUACAAACAAUGGCAGAUAUGAGAAAUGUAAAUAACUGGCACUUGGUCAACAAAGACUGUAGGCCUUGGGCUAAAGAUUAUUGGAAUAAACAAAUAGUAGGUCUAUCUGUACAAGAGAAAAAGAUCCUUGUCUCCAUCACAAGUCUCGACGAGUGUACAGGUGAUGUUGACUUGAAUCAGAGAAAAGGCAAGUUGCUUGCUAUUUACGAUAUGGCUUUGAAAUUUGGUUGGCAAGGUCAAUCGUCAAAUGGUUCAAAAGUAUUUGGUACAAUUCAAGUGCCUGAAGUAGCCUAUGAUACAGAUAAAGAGGAUUAUGUUUUUAGUAUCAUCGUCAACAACAACCAAGAGGCAGAUGAAGUCAAAAAGCUGAUUCGUAGUCAAUUGGUUCCUAUGAUGAGAGACAAGUUUGCUCGGUUUACAAUCGAUUUGGUUCAGAAUUAUAGUUCAGAUCUCUAUACCAACACAUCACCCAAACCUGAAAUAGUUAAAAAAAAACCAGUAGCAACUAUGCCACAUUAUGAGACCAAGAAAGAAGAAAAGGUAGUAAAGACAACUCGGCUUGAUCUCUCUUAUAAGCUAAGAGGUGUAGCUUCAAAUGAUCUCUAUGAGACACUGCUUGAUUCUCGACGUGCAGAUAUCUGGACACUUGGACCCUCUCAAGUAUCAAAAAAGAGUGGUAGCGAAUUCAGAUUUUUUGAUGGUAAUGUACAUGGCAAAAUAGUACGCUUGGUUCCGGGAGAAAUGAUUGUACAAACAUGGCGACUUAAACAUUGGCCCAAGGACCAUUAUUCCACAGUAACGCUUUUGUUCAGACAAGACAUGGAGGGCACAACUAUUCAAGUAGACCAAAAAGACGUGCCAUUAGGACAAGAAGAUAUAAUUCGAAAGAAUUGGAUACAAUACUAUUGGAAAUCAAUUGAAGCAUGCUAUUAUCAGAAUCAAUUCGAGUCUAUUCAUGAUACUAGUUUACCAUGGCUAGAAUACAACGUCUUUAAUAAUCCAAUGACGAUAAUUUCUAUCGCUGUUUUAAUUAUUGCCAUGAUUGCAUUGACUGCAUAUCAAGUGGCUCCUACGUUAAAACUAUAAAAUGAACGUUUAAAUUCCGCUAUAUU